AUGGAUAGUAACAAAGAUGAUGGACUACUGAACAGAAUGUCACUCUCUGGAGCUCUGGCCAUGGGUAGCAGCCAUGUAACUCCACAUGGGUUACCACUAAGAGAACCAUUUGGCGUUUCCUUCCAUUUCAAUCCAACAUAUUGGGACCAAGCCUAUUGCAGCCAUGCAGGUAGAUUUUCCUACAUGCCAUUUCCUGGAUAUGUAGGAGUCUAUGAUUAUUCUUUUGAGCCUGCCUUCAUUCGAAAGAGGAAUGAGAGAGAGAGGCAAAGGGUGCGCUGUGUGAAUGAAGGGUAUGCACGCCUCCGAGACCAUCUUCCCAAGGAACUUGCUGACAAGCGCCUCAGCAAAGUGGAGACCCUAAGAGCUGCAAUAAGUUACAUUAAACAUCUUCAGAGUUUGUUGGAUUGUCAGCCUUUAGGGACCAACACCAAAGAAACUCUCUCUAUUAAGACAACGAUGGAUACUUCCAGUGCUGGUUUAAGAAGGGAAUGCAACAGUGAUGGAGAGUCUAAAACCUCUUUAGCUUCAUCUCCAUACAGUGAGUUUGAGGAGACUUGCAGCUAG